AUGUCCGUCGCUAUCGUUGACAACGCCGUCCAGCCGGCUAAGCGCCGUACCCUGGCAGACGUUCGCAACCAGGUUGCCCAAGAACUCGCCAUCAAGGCCAUCACCAAAGCACACAUCGUAGACGGAGCCAGAGUUGGCGUCUAUUUUACAUUCUCCAAGAAAGAAGACGACCAGUUUCUCAGACUUGUUGCUACGCACAUCGAGUACAGAUUGCCAACAGACUAUCUUUUCGCUCUCGCCACUACCGGCUCACCUCCAGAUACCACCGUGACCGCCAACUCUCUUGUAAUCUGCGGCUCAUCUGACGAUUUCGUCCAAAGGGCUAUUCUCCUCGCUAGUUCCAAGUUCUUAGGUCGGGUAGAGUCUGUGGUAAAUGAAGGGACGGUGUGGAUUGCCGCAGUUCGAAACAUCGGCUCUUCUUCGUACGAUGAAGCUGCACUCUGGGACGUCGUUUGCAAGUCAGUCCGCGCACCCAUAGACCCUCUCUGUCCUCCACCAGGAUCUCGAAGCAUCGAUCAGAUCCUAUCUGAUGCUCGGUCAAAACUGCAACGCGUGACUCCCCAGCAAGCCUAUGAAGAGCUACAUGAUCCAACUUUUCCUAUGCCUGUCUUCCUUGUUGACAUUCGCCCGGCUGCUCAGCGUGAAAGGGAAGGCGGUAUACACGGCUCUCUUAUCAUCGAGCGUAACGUUCUUGAAUGGCGCUUCGACCCACGCUGUGAAGCCAGGCUAGCCAUCGCAGAUCGCUAUGAUCUCAAAAUUAUUGUAUACUGCCAAGAAGGCUAUACAUCCUCGCUGGCAGCAGCGGCUCUCCAUGAGCUCGGGCUCUUGAAUGCCACUGAUAUAAUUGGGGGUUAUGCUGCUUGGAAAGCUGCGGGACUUCCAGGUCAGAUCAAACCACCAUCGACGGCUGCCGAUAGCGAGAGCUACGUGCCAUCCGAGAUAUCUGAGUCAUAG